AUGAACAACCAGUUUCAUUCAAGUUUAUCAACGUACACGAGACCCGAUUUGUUUCCUACUGGAGACGAUGAUGAAGAGCUUUUUGGUAUCAUGGCUGAAUGUGUUGAUUUGCUUGAACAAGGUGAAUCAUCAAGACCAUACAUACCCAGUAGCGUCGUCGAAAGAGAUCGAUAUGGUGCUGACGAGCGCCUAAUGGCGGCUUACUUUAACGAAAACCCAAAGUAUUCGUUGAAGAGCUUUAGGCGACGAUUCCGUAUGUCUAGAUCUAUGUUCUUACGCAUCGUGAACGACAUAAUAUCAUACCCAUCUCGCAAUCCAGGUCCUGUGCCUUUGCAUUUUAAAAGAAUGCAAGACAGGCAACUUGAUGCCCGAGGAAAGCCUGGUUUCAGCACCAUCCAAAAGGAUGAAUACUUGCGUAGACCAACACUGGAGGACAUACAACGCUUGUACGCUCGACAUGAAGAGCUUAAUGGCUUCCCAGGCAUGCUUGGAAGCAUUGAUUGCAUGCACUGGCCUUGGAAGAACUGCCCCAAGGCAUGGCAAGGUCAGUUUACGUGUGGUGAUCACGGUCAUCCAACCAUCAUGCUUGAAGCAGUAGCUUCAUACGAUAGGUGGAUCUGGCAUGCUUUUUUCGGCACAGCUGGUUCGAACAACGAUAUAAAUGUUCUGAAUCAGUCGCCUUUAUUUAGGGAAAUCAUUGAAGAUCGUGCACCUGAUAGCUCGUUCACUGUUAAUGGCACCCACUACAAAAAGGGUUAUUAUCUUGCAGACGACAUUUAUCCCGAAUGCUCGACUUUUGUAAAGGCGUAUUCAUGCCCUCAAGAUGAGAAGCGAAAGAAAUUUUAA